AUGGAAUGUGUGUUUACGAAAAAGUAUGAAAAAGUCGAUAGCUUUUUGAAGAGAUUUCUGUCACAUUCGAGGUAUACAGGAGUUCGGCUCAUCGAGCCGUGUGUCGCACUGUCAGACGUAUACAACAAGCAGUUUAAGUUUGUAGUUUUAGCUGAUGAAUGGCUGUACGUUACUGAAAAUCCACCGAAAGUUGCCAAAGAUAUUCAAGAGGUCACUCGGAUUCUGGACAUCACGUCUGUUGAGCUUGUAAGUAUAACAUCGAUGUGUCUGUGUGAUAUAUUAGUUUUCAUUUUGACAAGGCAAAUUCGCUCAUCUGGUUCGACAGAAUAUGUAAGUGCAUGUUUAUAGUCUUACGCCCUUAUUCUGAAAGCUCGCUCACACUCAAUGAGUGGAGGUUCUAUCUGAGCUUUUCUUGAGUGUCAAUGCUGUUUUUGAAUCGCUGUAGGGCUAGUGUCAUACCUUACUCGGUGACUGCUCACCCUCCAGCUAUUCAAAGACAACAUUGAUAUGACAUUCAAGAGAAGCUCAGAUCGCUCAUUGAGUGUGAGUGAGCUAUGCCUGCGACCCUGACUUGCUCAAAUUUUUUGUAGCAAUCCUCGAGUCGGUCAAACUAGGAUUAAGAAUUGAUGAGAGUUGCAACUCUCGCUUGCGUUUGAUCAUCGACUCUCAUGCACCCUCAUCAACUCUCAGUCAUAGUCUCAUUGACUCUGCAUGAACUGGUUCAAAUUUUGAUAAGAGUUGAUAAGAGAUAAGCGCGCGGUAAUAUCCAGUCAACUCUCAUCAACUCCGAUGCAACUCUUGUUUACGUUUGACCGAGGCACGCGAGAGUUGUGAAAACCUUCAUGCAAACUCUCGCUUCUCAACUCUCAUAUAUACAACUCUUGUUCUCGUUUGACCAGGGCAUGAGAGUUGAGAAACCUCUGAUGCAAACUUUCGCUUCUCAACUCUCAUCAACUCUCGUGCAACUCUUGUUCACGUUUGACCGGGACACGAGAGUUGAGAAAACUCUCAUGCAAACCCUCGCUUCUCAAUUCUCAUCCGUUCGACCAAGCACACAAGACUUUGCAUUUAAGUUUAUGUGAGAGUGAAAUAUAUUUCAAUAUCAGAAUUAUUUGGGGCAUUUCACUCCAUUGAAGUAAUGUCGAAAGGUAUUGUAGCUGGAAAAUGUAAAGGUAAAAUUCACACUCCAUCUAUAAAACUCUUCAACAAGUAUAUUUCAAUGGUUAUAUUGUAAGACUCAUGAAGACUUUCUACAACACAGUAUAACUUAUAGUUAAAAUUGAGAUUCUUUAUCCAAAAUUUAGUUUCUGUAUAAGCUGAAGUACUUUGUUACCAGUACAGACUUUGCCAGAAUGAUAUAUAUACUCCCGCGGUCUUUCUGACAAUAAGAGUUUUGUUCGCUUCUUAUGUAAGCGUGUUGAUAAUAUAUUGAACAAUAUAUAGAGUGCUUUGACAACACAGCUGUUUCAGUCUGGGUAAAUAUAGCGACACUGGACAUCUCGCUCGCUCGAGGUCUUUGUAAAUGUAGAUGGGCAUUUGGAGCGGUUAUAUACAAAAUCGUACAAGAACUUUACUCAUUCUAAGACGCUCUUUCUAGCUGUGGUGUUGGAUUUUGUUCUUCUUGCCUUGAUCAAAAUUUAGUCAAUAGCUGGAUUUACCCAUUAGAGAACGAUUCUCGUGAAUAUUUUUGGUUUUAUUUCCUACAGAUAAACGAUGUACCGGAUUUCCUGGGUGGCGAUUUAAAGUACAGAACACAUCAUAUUCUGGUGACUUACAAAAAAGGUUCAGAAUUCGUAUCACAACAACUUACCCCAAAUUCUUCACCCAAUCUCCUGACAAAAAGUCUGCAAGAGAAUGACUUGAGAAACUCCAGGGAGGAUUCUCGUUCAGUAGAUGAAAUUCGUUACGAUGGUCAAGAAGAUAAAUUGUCAAAGAGCUUGCAAGAAUAUGACGUGAAGUCGUCAAGGAGAAAAUCGCCCAGUAUAAGUAGAUUAGAGGAAAACAGCUCUCUCAGGCCAAGUACAUCAAGAAAACCAAAAGACAAUUUGUCCAGAAGUUUGCAGGAAAACGACUUGAAACAUUCAAGGCGAAAAUUGAGCUCAGAUCACUUAGAAGAAAACUAUGCGCACAGACAAGACAAAUCCAAGCACAGUUUGUCACCAAUUUUACCGCCCGGGAGAACUCGUAUCAGAAAGCAAAGUAGGAAUUCGCUUGGCGACGACUACUCAUAUGAAAACGAUUCUUCACUUGACACAUUUGAAGCAAAUCAAGAACAACAAAAUAGACUGUUACCGACAGCAAAACGUUCACAAGAGAAGACCAGACGAAAAUCCAGUCCUGGUACCUUUUACGAAGAUGAGUCUUUAGAUCAGAAUUCGGAUUUUUUAAUGAGAUCGAAUGAUGGCCGGUUAACAAAAGCUGGGGAGAAUAAUCUAUCACCGACCACAAGAACGUUGAAAGAAAAGUCAAGGCGAAAAUCCAGUCCGGUUACAUUUAUUGCAAAGACUGAGGCUUUUGAUCAGAAUUCGA